AUGUCGGACAGAACAAUGAUACGGCAAGUACUGUUGUUUAUCUCGGUCCUCUCUCUCAGUUCAGUGCACGGGCAGGUCAGUUACUCCAUUCCGGAGGAAAUGGCGAAAGGCUCUUUAGUCGGUAACAUAGCGCAGGAUUUGGGUUUACAUGUCAAAAGACUGAAAUCAGGUAAAGCUCGUAUUUAUACAGGAGACAGCGCAGAAUACAUCGAGCUGAAUAAAGAAAGGGGAGUUCUCCUUAUCAGAGAGAAAAUAGACCGUGAAGCUCUCUGCGGACAGACGACGCCUUGCGCCCUUGAUUUUCAAAUGAUUUUAGAGAAUCCAAUGGAAUUAUAUACAAUAACGAUUGAGAUCACAGAUAUAAACGAUAACUCUCCCAGUUUUGGAAAAAAUGAAAUGAAAUUUGAGAUUAGUGAAAUUGCAGGUACCGGAGCCAGAUUUAUGCUGGAGAGGGCAGUGGAUUCGGAUGUUGGUGUUAACGGUCUUCAAACCUACGCCCUUAAACCCACGGAUCACUUUAAAUUACAACUGAAAAACCAGCCAGAUGGUAGUAAAAAGGUAGAGAUGGUUUUACAGAAGCCAAUAGAUCGAGAGGAACAAGAGAAUAUUGAAUUAGUGCUAACAGCAAUGGACGGAGGCGAGCCACAGAUGACUGGGACGCUGCAAAUCCGUGUCACAGUGCAAGACGCGAAUGACAAUGCUCCGGUUUUUACCCAGGAGAUUUACAAAGCCACUGUUGUUGAGAAUACUCCUAAAGGAGCCGUGUUAACUACGGUCAGCGCAUCUGAUGCGGACAAGUGGUCUAAUAGUCUUGUUACCUACUCUACGUCAAGUGGCACCGCUGGUGUAUCGGAUUUGUUUGAGUUAGACCGUGACAGCGGCAAAUUGAAAUUGAUUGGUCAUAUAGAUUAUGAAAAACAAAAACAUUAUCAAAUAUUUAUUGAGGCAAAAGAUCAGGGAGGUCUGUCAGACUCGAGUCAAAUAAUCAUAGAUGUUAGUGACAUGAAUGAUAAUAGUCCUGUUAUCAAUUUGAUUUCCAAAUCAAGUUCAAUACCAGAGGAUUCCCGUCCGAACACAGUAAUAGCUAUGAUGAGCGUGAACGACCCUGAUUCAGAAAGUAAUGGUAAAGUUCACUGUGGCAUAAAUGAGAACGUCCCAUUCACUAUUAAAUCAACAUCUAACGCCUUUUACAGUCUAGUAACUGAUAGUGACUUGGACCGAGAGAGAGACUCUGAGUAUAAUAUCAGUGUGACGUGCUCUGAUGAGGGCGUGCCCUCGCUCUCCAGCAGCGUCACUCUCACCUUACAGAUAUCAGAUGUGAAUGACAACGCGCCUGUCUUUGAGAGGAGCUCAUAUGAGGACUACAUUAUAGAAAACAACACACCGGGCCUCUCUAUAUUCACAGUGAAAGCCAGAGACGCUGACUGGAACCAGAAUGCCCGUGUUUCUUACAUACUGGAGGAUUCCUCGGUUAACGGAGUGCCCGUCUCCUCAUAUGUGUCCGUUAGUGCUGAUAGCGGAGUCAUCCAUGCAGUGCGCUCUUUUGACUACGAGCAGAUCAAGGAUUUCCAGUUCCGCGUAAAAGCGCAGGAUGGAGGCUCCCCUCCUCUCAGUAGCAAUGUUUCUGUGAAAAUAAUGAUCCAGGACCAGAACGACAACGCGCCUCAGGUUCUGUACCCAGUCCAGACUAGCAGCUCUCUGGUGGCUGAAAUGGUGCCUCGUUCAGCAGAUGUUGGCUAUCUUGUUACUAAAGUGGUGGCUGUUGAUGUGGACUCUGGACAGAAUGCCUGGCUCUCGUAUAAACUGCAGAAAGCGACAGACAGAGCGCUGUUUGAAGUGGGAUUACAGAAUGGAGAAAUAAGAACUAUACGCCAAGUCAAUGAUAAAGAUGCUGUGAAACAAAGGCUCACUGUUGUAGUGGAGGACAACGGGCAGCCCUCUCGUUCAACUACAGUCAAUGUUAACGUGGCGGUGGCGGACAGCUUCCCUGAAGUGCUCUCAGAGUUCACUGACUUUACGCACGACAAGGAGUACAAUGACAACCUGACUUUUUACUUAGUCUUGGCUUUGGCUGUAGUCUCUUUUUUCUUUAUUGUGUCCAUCAUAGCCAUCCUGUCAGUGAAAUGCUACAGAUGGAGACGUGAGCGCAUGUUUUACAAAUCCAACGGGAAUCUCCCAGUUAUUCCGUAUUACCCGCCCCUUUACGCUGACGUAGGUGGCACUGGGACACUGCGACACGUAUAUAAUUACGAGGUAUGUGGAACUACUGACUCCAGAAAGAGUGACAUGAAAUACGUCAGACCUUGCAGUCAGAGCAUCAUUAGUCUGGACGGAACACAGACUCUCCCCCACGCGCAGAGGGACAAUCUGAUCAAUGAUAAUGGGGAUAACCAGCUGGCAUGA